AUGGGUCCGUGGCUAAAGCGCAAUGGCCCUCGAUCCGGUAUGAUGCUUGACACGACAUCGUUUAUGAUCGAUUGUUUACGGGCUAUUUUUGCGGCUUUAGCAAAACGACACAUGCUACAUUCGCCCGUGUCGGCCCGUUUCCAAUACCGUGGAGCUGUUUUUGGCUUUGCUGGGAGCGACUUUGGUCGUGUGGACAAAGGCCUGCGCAACUCGCCCUCUUUGGGUGGACUAAAUAUACAUGGUGAAAUUGUUCACGAGACGCAGGAGCGUGGCGAGAACGUGAGUAUUAGGUCUUCGCGCGGGUACGAUUCAGUCGCGAACCUGGCCGUUCGUGAGGAGAAGGACCCGAGCGCAAACGACACUAAGGCCCAGCUCUACAGGCUCAUCAUGCUGUUCAAAAUUUCCGCUAUGUCCACCACGCUCUUCGGCAAGACGGCCGCCUAA